AUGUCCACGCCCGGGAGCGCAACCAGGGGCAGCUUCGUCCCCUUGGUCUCGGUCAUUGACUUCCACCACCAGAGAGGGCCGGAGGUUGAGUCGUGGUUUGGCACCGCUGAAGGCACAGAUCCUGCUGUGGACUACGGAUGGUCUCUCCUGCCGUUCAUGGCCCUCAGCGAUGGUGCGCACGCGUCGACCGAGGACUUCUCCUACUUCACACUCCUACGGCCUGCGACGGAAACCGAGCCGGCGACCUCUCUCUUCGGAAUAGCUUGUACCAGGCAGAUGGACGCGUCACAACUCCUGCACCGACCUCCGGAGGUGACACGGUCGACCGUACAAAAGGCGGUAGUCGUCAUUGCGGACAACCCACAGAGCUUUGGGACGCUAAAGGAGCGGCUGAGCGUCGUGACGCACGCGUGGUUCGACCAGCGGGAGUUUACCGAGACGGAGAUUCUACGGAGGUUCCAGGAGAGCUUGGCGGACGAGAAAGAGCGAGGUCUGCUGACGGGAGAAGAUAACCGGGAUGCCUACCUGGGCAUGAGCCUGAGGGAGAUGAUCCACGAGUUCCGGUGGCAGACUCUAGUUCUCCUGAAGUGCUGUCUGCUCCAGCCAAAGAUGCUGUUCUUCGGCUCUCGUUGCGAGCGACUCUGCAUGAUGCAGUUCUCCUUGAUAUCAUUGGUUCCCGGUCUCAUCCAGAAACUUCAGGAUUGCGCGGAUCCAGAGCUGAACAGCUACGAGAAGCAGCUGACUGUCCCCACGAAUCUACGAACCAGCGACCGAAGAUCAUUACAGGCUUACAUGGGCCUUCCCCUUCAGAUCUUUGGAAAGGUAUGCUUCUCUCUUUCUCAAACGGUGUGGGAGAUUGCGCAGGGGAGCUUAUUCGGGCCGUAUACGCCGUUGCAACAGCUCGAUCUGCUGGCAGAUGUUGGCACAAAAUCAUACAUCGUCGGGAGCACAAAUUCACUCUUGCUUCAACAGAAAGACAGGUACAGCGAUAUACUCAUCAACCUAGACGAAGACUUCAUAAAUAUUACCUCGCCCUCUCUCAAACAAGCAUUACAGCUCUCUACUCCAGACAGACGGUGGAUCGACUUUAUCACGCAGACCGUCAACGAAACCUGGGACGAAGCCAAUCCGAGCCGACCAAAGACGAUGGGCUUCAUGGGAAGUGAGGAAUUCAUCCGACUGCAAUUUGAGGAUUACAUCAACGCGCUGCUGGCAUCUGUAAAGUACCACAACUUCAUGCUCAAGCACGCCAACAACCCAAAGAUGCUGCUCCCACACGUAGAAGGCGACCCAGCCUCGGACUUCAACAUGGACUGGGUGGAGGCCUGGACGAGGACCGAGAACUACCGCAUAUGGAACAGCAAGACGGACAACCACCUCUUCGACAUCGUCGAGCCGAGACACCUCUGCGCCGGCGGAUUGAGCAUAGAGGACGUGUCGAGGCGCGUGUCACAACAGGUCCAGGACCUGCACCUCGACGAGAAGAUUGCCUCAGGCAGGGAGGCAGCUGCCAGGAACUGGGCUGUCGCCAGGGAGAAGGGCGGGUCUGUGAUCAAUAAGUUCUAUACCGAACUCGAGGCCUACCGGGAGGCCCAGCGAAAGAAGGCAGAAGAGAACAGGCUGUCGCUGAGCUCCGAACCCGCCAGCCCCUCCGUCAAGAACGGUAGCGCGCAGCAGUCCUACCUGAGCAGCUGGACAUCCUGGGCGGGCGAGAAGCGCAAAGCGCUCGCGGGCUCACGGUCAUCAGGGAUCAGCAACGGAAGUGGCGGCGGCGGGAGUGGCGGUAGCGGCUGGGGUAUCAGCCUCGGCCGGAGCAAGAGCAAGAAGGACGGGAGCAGCACACCCACGUCGCUGCGUUCGAUCUCAGAGAAGGAGCCCAAGAGCCCGCGAAUGUCAACCUCAUCGUCCAUAUUCCGCAGCUUUGGCAGUGAUAAAGAGGUGCUAGCGCCAGCGCCAGCGCCAGCAGCAGUGUCACUGCCCGAGGACAUGUCGCGGCACGAGAUGCACAACUCGUACAGCGAAAGCAUACUGGGCUCCGAGGGCGGCACAAUCUCCUCGUCGCCCGAGCAGUCGUCGCCCGCCAAGUCGAAACUCGACUUCAUGCAGCACGAGAACGGCGUCUGGAACGACGACCUCUCGCCGACCGUGUCUCGCGAGCAAAAGCUGGCGUAGGAUGCUGAUUGCUCGUCGGACGAUAGGCGGACCAUCACGCGGGGUUCGCCAACGACAAAAGGAGGGAGGAGGAGGAGAAUGCCUCUCCUGCCGCCCACCAUGGGCCGACGGAAGAACAUCUUGAGCGUGAGCACCGCGCAGGGCAAGAAUCAUCAUGCGAGAAGGAGUGAGAAAGCAAGGGCCUAAGGAAUCGCGCAACAUUGGAUGGAGAGACAAGAGAAAGCAUGCAUGCAUGGGGUCAAGCGGGAAAUUGUUGCAUCGAUCAGCAAAAGCAGCGUCGCCCCUGGACGGGUAUUCGAAGAGGACAAAUACAGGGCGUGUUUCCAACAUUGAAGUUUGUUAUCAAUAAUAUCCCACAGAAAGCAUAGCACACGGAACGCCAUCGCAGACUGGUUCAAGGUUGCAUUGACGGCAAAUCCACAACC